AUGCGACGCGCGCUCGCGGCGCUCGCGAUCGCGGCCGAGCUGGGGCGCGAGCUCGCGGAGGCGUCCGCGCUCGAUUCCGUCGCCGCGCGGUCGCGAACGGUGCGCGUGUUCGAACAACCGCCCGAGGCGACGACGCCGACGGUUCGCAAAAACGAGGGCGACGACGAUUACGAUUACGAUUACGGCUACGACAGCGACGGCGACGGCGACGGCGAGGCGCGGUACGCGCGAGAGGGAUGGUACGACGAGUUCGCGCGCGCGAGCGAUGGCGUCGACUCGGGCGCGCGAACGAUGUCCUACGACGAGUACGUCGAACGCGAGGUGGCGAAGCUCGAGCUGAGCCUGAUCGAGUCGGCGAGCGCGUCCGACGCGGGCGCGAUGCGCGAGACGCUCGAUGAGAUCGCGUACGACAUUCAGAGCGAUCUCGAGAGGAUCGCGAACGCGCGAGCGCUGGAGAUGACGUGGGUCGGUGACGCGGCGUACCCGCCGGUUGAUUUCGUCGCGUUUACGAACGAGGCGUACGUCGUGUACGACGCGGACGGUUCGCGCGUGAUGUUCGAGCCGCAAGGAGAGAUUGGUAGGUUGAUGCAGCAGCUCACGUGGUUCUCCACAAUCUUUCCAGGGAAUCCGACCGCUCUGGACGAUUACAUGCGGUGCGCGACGCUCGUGAGACCGUGUUCGGUCGAGGAGGUGCUCCGACGAUGCACUUACGAAAAUCGAGGUUCGUGGUACCGCGAAAGAAUUUCGAGAAUGAACGCGCCGCUGUCUUGGCCGUACUGUCAGCCUGAUCUCGAGGAAGUCUAUCAGUUUUGCACUGAGUUCGAACUGCAAAGCGGUUUGUGCGAUCCGCGCCGGGCGCGCGAGCGAAUGUAUCUGUCGAGGACGGUCGCCAUCAACGGAGGAACGGCGCCGUGCUUGAGGUGGCGGACGAACAUCUUCGGCACUCGAGAGUGCAUCGAUAGGGGUCACCGUUGA